GAAAAUGGUGCAGCAUUUGAAGCGGGAGGCUUAGAGGUGGGUCAACUGAUACUAGAAGUAGACGGCAAUAAAGUUGAGGGUCUACAUCAUCAGGAGGUUGCCCGUCUUAUAGCUGAAUGUUUUGCAAAUCGAGAAAAGGCUGAUAUAACCUUUUUAGUUGUCGAAGCGAAAAAAUCGAAUUUGGAACCUAAACCAACUGCUUUAAUAUUCUUAGAAGCCUAACAUUUGCUUGCCCUGCCGGCUACAGAUGACCCAUUGGAACAACAGAAACUGGAGUUCCUUUAUGAAUGGGGUAUCGAUUUAACGACAACGCCAAAACCAAUGCCAACACCAAUACCACUAACAAAAGCUAAAAAUCCACCGCCACUGCCAACACUAACACAACAACUACAACAUCCACACUCAUUACACCAACAACAACAACACCACCAUCACAGCCAUCAAAACAACAUUAACUACAGCAACAACAACAACAACAUUAAUGCAAAAAUAAACACUACUACAACAACACCAACUACGCAUACGACAACAACAACAAAUACCAACAAACAAACAACAAAAUCCUCAGGUAUAUUUACACCAGCGAACACUCAACAACAAAAACAACACCACCAACAACUACAACAAAACUCAACACACCAUCAACAACAACAACACCACCACCAACAACAUCAUCAGCAUCCACAUCAACACCAACACCAGGAAUCAACUUUAGAAACUUUAACUUCACCCCUCUCAUCCAGUGAACACAACACGCCCACACAUCAUCUCUACACCAACAACAAAAAGAAUUAUGAUUCCGUUUACCAAUAAUUGAAACAACAAUAACAACAACAACUUACAAACAAACAACAUCUAGAAACCAAAAACAAAAUUUGUAAAUUGUACAACUACAACAACAACAUCCAGACAAAUUGUAUGUAUGUAUUGUAUGUUUUUUUUCCCCAUUUUAAAAAAAAAUUAUAAAAAAAAAUCUUAAAAAAAAUAUGUGUGCUAAAAGAAUAAGCGUUGUAGCCUGAAAAGAACAAAAAAGAAAUCACCCAAAAAUAUCUCACACGCUUCUACGCUUAUUGUUUAAAAAAAACGGUCAAUUGUGCUAUGCUUAUUAAUAGAAUCAGAAAUCCCGCUAAUGUAACCGAACCCGACCCCGACCCGCAUCUCUUAAAGCAGGCUUAAAGUGUUUUUAUAUAAAUCUAUCGUCGCUUUUCUCGUCCUUGUAGAAGAUAGUUAUACAUAUAUUGGAUAAAUGGUCUAGGAAGAAUAAAAAACUUACUGAACUGGGUCUAUAGUUUCGACUAUAGUCAAGCUCCUCGUACGGAUGAUUGUUUAGUCCAUAAUCUAUACUCUAGUCUAAUAUACGGUAUAAAGACUGGAUAAAAGUCCAGUUUAAAUUUAGACUAUAGUGUGGACUAGACUAUAGUAGAUAGUCCAUAGUCCACACUAUAGUUUGUCUAGUUUAUAGUUCGGACAAUAGUUCAGUUUAUAGUCUAAAGUAUAUAGUCUAUAGUAUAUAGUUCAUACCGUCCGGACUAUAGUCGUCUCUAUAGUCUAGUCUGAAGUCUGGACUUUAAUCUUGUAUUAAGUCUAGACUAUAGUUUAGUCUUAAGUGUGGACUGUUAUCUAAUAUUAAGUCCAUAGACUGGACUAUAGUAUAAUCUAUAGGCUGGACUAUAAUCUAUUCAUUUGUCUGGUCAAUAGUAUAUUCUAGCCUGAAGUCUAGACCAUAGUCUUAUCAUAAAACUGGACUAUAGUAUAGUCUGACUAUAGUCUAGUCUUAAGUUUGGGCUACAGUAUAAUCUAAACUGUGUACUGUAGUCACGACUAUUGUUAAAUUAAAAGUCUGGACUAUAGUCUAGUCCAAAGUCUGGAGAAAACCCUAAUCUACAGUCUGGACUAUAGUAUAGUCUGUAGUCUAAACAACUGUCUAUACUAUAUUGUAGUCUAAAAUCUGGACUACGGCCUAUUCUAAAAGACAAUAAUCUAAUCUAUAGUUUUGUCUAGUAUUUGGACUAUAGUCUAGUCUAUAGUCUAGUCCAUUUCGUAGACCAUUUUAUUAAAACUAUAUUUUGUAUAUCAACAUAUUAAAUACGCUUAAUCCAUUAUGUUUUAAUAUAUUUUGAAAGAAAUGUAGAUUUUAAUUAAUUUUAGUUGCUUUGGAAAUUUCGACAAAACCAUGAAAAAAAGCUUUAUUUGAAGAGUUUCAAGCUUUUGUGUUAUUUCAUAAAAAAAACACAAAAGUCAUCCAUGUUUUAAUCUAUUUAUAUAUUACGGCUUUAGAACUAUGUUUAAAGCUUAAUUUGAAAAGCUUUUGUGAUUUUUUUAUGAAAAGAUCAAUAACAUCUCCUCUUUGAUUAUAUCUUGAGACUUUCUAAAAGCUUUUGAACUAAUUCGAUAAGCUUUCUUCCCUUUGAUUCAAAUUUCACACAGUGGAGCUUUUGAAUUUAAAGUUGUAGCUGUAACUUCAUUCCAAAAGCUUUCGUCCCUUUGAGUAAAAUUUCCGUUAGUAAAGCUUUUCAUUCUGGUUUUAUUUAGAAAUAGGUAAAACUCCUAAUUUCUGCUGUAAAUAAUCCUUUAAAGUUUUAGCUGUAACUUAGACUCCUUGUAUGGUGUUGGCCAAAGUUAUUCAUGUUGUAAUUUCCGUGUUAUUGCUUUAAGACAACCUUUAUAUAUACUUUUUAGAAAUGUUUGAUUGAUAUAGAUGUUAAAGUGUUUAUUGCGUUUUAUCAACUUUUAGGACUCAAAACAAUACCAAUUAAUAAGUUUAUAUCCUUGUCAGCUUUCAGUGGCUAGUUUUGAAUAGUUUUGUUUAAGCUUUAAAGCUUUUUUAAGGUAAAAAUUUAUAAAGUUAUAUAAUUCAAUGAUUUUAAGCAAUAAUUAUUUAAAAUUUUAUGAAACAGUUAAGACUAGUUUUUGAUUUAGCUUGAAAGCUUUUAUAGCUUUCAUUUAAUGUUGUUUCUGUGAAAAGCUUUUUAUAUCAAAUAAUAGGUAUAUUAGGUAUAUUAUUACGAUCAGAUUUUAAGCAACUAAAGCAAUUCAUUAGUUUCCGUGAAAUUUAAAAGCUUUUUAUUAAAUGUAAGGUUUUAAAGUAAAAGAAUAGAGCUUUUUUGAAGCCUAAGUUAAAAAUGUCCUUAAUUUGUAAAGCUUUUUAUGUAAAUCUAUAGCAAAUUGAAUAUAAAAUGAUUGUUUGCUACAAUUCAAAGCUGUUUUAACACUCAGAUAAGAAGAGUUUGUUUCUAAGUUUCAAUACCCGUUAAGAUUUCAAGCUUUUUAUGCAAUAUAUUAGAAAAUUGAUUAUUAAAAGAUUACAAACGAUUUUCACAUUCAAUUAAGGCUAGUUUUUGGGUUGAUCUCUAGAGCUUGAAAGUUUUAUGUUAACUAAAGCUUUUAGUUACCUUUCAAUUAUAAAGCUUUUUAGAAAAACAAUUUAAUUAAAAUAACUUUUAAUGAAUUUAAGUAAAGUUUAAAACAAAGUUUUCCUAAAUUAAUACAAAUUGGUUAAAAAGCUU